GACUAAAAAAUUUAUAAACGCGGGACAAUUAACAGAGGAAAUUUGGUAAUAAAAACAAACAAACAAGGUCAAAAACCAACAUCGAUUUUAAAAGUUUUGGUCCCCCUCAUGUUCUUCACGUUCAGGUGUGAUUAUCAUCGUGUUCAGUUACAGGCUGACGCCCGUUCACAUUUCCCUCUCUUCUUUGCACUAAUCUUCACGGGUUCGGCAUUUAGGGUUCAAUCAACCAAUCUAGAGAUCGAGUUUUCUGCAGAAUGCUAGCCAAAGCUUGAAGCUUUAAGUAUUUCUCAGGGCUGAACUGAAACGGGUUUCUUCUAAAUUUUCUGAUUGAUGGUUGCUUUCGUCUAUUCCUAAACUCGAUCUCUUCCUUUGGUUAUUUAUUUCUUUUUUUUUAUCUUUUACGAAGAUGUCCACUCCCAUUGCCUAAUAAGUAGCUCUAGUGGUUUCUGUUUCAAAUUUUAAUAUUUUAUUUUUUCAAAGAAUGGUGUGUGGGGUUUGAGCUCAUUGUUGUUGUCUCUGUCGAAGUGUGUUGCAGUUUGGGGAAGUUUUUGAAGAUGAGGAGAACGAAAAGUGAUCCUUCCAUUUCGAGAAGGUUUAAGUUGUCUCAUUUUUUGUUUGGCAUUGGGGGGUUAUACUUGGUAUUUAUAGCAUGUAAGUUUCCAAAGUUUCUAAGAACUGUAUCAACGCUAAGUGGGGUUGAGAGUGAUGGUAGAUUGGAUGGGGAAGAUGAUGGAGGCUCUGAAGAUUCAGAUUUGAGCAAGUCUUUUGUGAGUUCUGUUUAUAGAGAUGCACUUCACCGGAGGUUAGUGGAUAAUAGGGACCAGGGUGCACCCUUGAGGCCAAGCAUGGAGCCAAUGAAGGAGGCAGAACAUGGUCCUGAACCCUUGAAGAAGAUUCCUCCGCGAUAUGGUAGGAUAACUGGGGAAAUCAUGCAUGACCAGCAGAGGAUAAAUGAAUUGCCUGUGUUUGAGAGAAUGGCAGAAGAGGCAUGGAUGUUAGGGUUAAAGGCGUGGAAUGAAGUAGAUGAGAUUGUUCAGAAGGAGCGAGGAGAAAGCUCUAUUUUUGAUGAAAAACCUGAGUCAUGCCCUUCAUGGGUAUCAAUGAGUGGGGAUGAACUGGUGAAAGGAGAUAAUUUGAUGUUUCUUCCUUGCGGGCUUGCAGCCGGUUCUUCCGUCACUGUGGUUGGGACACCCCAUUAUGCUCAUAAGGAGUAUGUUCCCCAGCUUUCCAAGUCGAAGAAAGGUGAAGCAUUGGUUUCAGUUUCACAGUUCAUGGUUGAAUUGCAAGGGCUAAAGACAGUGGAUGGGGAGGAUCCUCCAAAAAUUCUUCAUUUGAAUCCUCGAAUAAGAGGGGAUUGGAGCAAACAGCCAGUUAUCGAGCAUAACACCUGUUAUCGAAUGCAUUGGGGAUCAUCUCAAAGGUGUGAUGGUCUGCCAUCUGGGGAUGAAGAUGGAAUGCUUGUCGAUGGAUACAAAAAAUGUGAAAGAUGGAUGCGGAAUGAGAUUGUGGACUCAAAAGAGUCCAAGACGACAUCAUGGUUUAAGCGGUUUAUAGGGCGUAAACAGAAGCCAGCAGUGACCUGGCCAUUUCCUUUUAUAGAGGGUAGAAUGUUUGUCCUUACGCUGCGUGCUGGCGUUGAUGGAUUUCAUAUUAACGUUGGGGGUCGCCAUGUAACUUCAUUUCCAUACCGCACUGGUUUUACACUUGAAGAUGCUACAGGAUUGGCAGUUAAAGGGAACGUGGAUGUUCAUUCAAUUCAUGCCACCUCUCUUCCUACUUCCCAUCCUAGUUUCUCACCUCAAAGAGUACUGGAAAUGUCAGAGUCCUGGAAAGCCAGUCCUUUACCCAAACACCCUAUUAAACUUCUCAUUGGAGUGCUUUCUGCUUCAAAUCACUUCGCAGAACGUAUGGCGGUUAGAAAAACAUGGAUGCAAUCACCUGCAAUAAAGUAUUCAGAUGUAGUAGUACGGUUCUUUGUUGCACUGAAUCCAAGGAAGGAAAUAAAUGCAGUGCUGAAGAAGGAGGCUGCUUACUUUGGCGAUAUUGUCAUUUUGCCCUUUAUGGAUCGCUAUGAGCUUGUUGUGCUUAAAACUGUGGCCAUUUGUGAGUUUGGGAUUAAGAAUGUGAGUGCUGCAUAUGUUAUGAAAUGUGAUGAUGAUACGUUCAUUAGGGUGGAUAAAGUCUUGAAAGAAAUCGAGAAGGUACCCCAGAGAAAGUCCCUUUAUAUGGGCAAUCUCAAUCUCUUGCAUCGACCUCUCAGAAAUGGCAAAUGGGCUGUUACUUAUGAGGAGUGGCCAGAAGAAGUAUAUCCUCCUUAUGCAAAUGGGCCUGCUUAUGUAAUUUCCAGUGAUAUAGUUACUUUCAUCUUAUCUCAACAUAAAGAUAGGAAGCUAAGGCUGUUCAAAAUGGAGGAUGUAAGUAUGGGAAUGUGGGUUGAGCGGUAUAAUACAAGCACAGGAGCAGUCCAUUACGCGCACAACUGGAAGUUUUGUCAGUAUGGAUGCAUGGAUGGCUACUUCACUGCACACUACCAAUCGCCAAGGCAGAUGAUUUGUCUUUGGGAAAAAUUAUCAAAAGGCCAAGGUCGACCACGUUGCUGCAAUUUCAGAUGACGAAUCGAGAAACGCAACUAUGCAAGCAGCUCUUGUCACAGUGACUUGCCAUUGUAUCUUUCUCCAUUCCCUUAAGCCUCUGUGGUUAAGGUAGUGUUCACCAUGAAUGAUUGUUUCUAAAACAGGAGGGGCAAAAAAAGCUCAGAUGAGGAGUGUGGAACCAGAUGCAACUAUAACUUUGGUGCUUGUGCAUUCGAGAAGAGAAAUCAGGUAACAAAUGCUUACAUGAGAAUGUCAAAAAGCAUUGCACUCUCCAACACAUACAUUCGUUCAGAAUUAAAAUUUUGUGCCUUAAUAACUUGGCUUAUAUCUGUUCUUUACUUAUUCUUGAUUCAAUUUUGAUUGUGGAGGCUUAGAUGCAGAAGCCACUACUUUGAAUUACGUACCACUUUAAUUAUUUUUUUUUCUUGGUGUAUGAAAUUAGCAAUGACCAAUGUGAACGUCUACAUAUUCCAUUGUCUAAGUAGAAGUCAAAUGUUUAUGGUUACUUGUUCAUGGCAAUGUAGUAGUGUCUUUGUU